AUGUCCCGAUUUGAGGAAGGGACAGAGAGCAAAAUCGAUCAUUACUACAAUGACGACGAAACUAUGAGAUUGGUCAAUUCGAUGGCCAGUAUCAUUGGUAUCCCCAUCGAGGAAGUUUGGGAGGCAUAUGGUGGCUUUUUAAUUCAAUUUACGAUGGAAACUGGGUGGGAUGAGCUGUUGCGAGCAAUGGCUUUGGAUCUGGAGGGAUUUCUCGAUUCCCUUGAUGCUCUUCACUACUUCAUCGAUCACGUCGUCUACCAGACAAAACUACGUGGUCCAUCAUUUCGAUGUGAGCCACAACAAGAUGGCACACUGUUGCUCCAUUACUACUCAAAACGGAGCGGACUGUAUCCAAUUGUCAAAGGUGUCGUUCGAGAGGUAUCACGUCGUAUCUACAACACAGAAGUCAUCAUGAAGGUCCAGGAACGAAAACAAGAACACUACGACGCCUUCGUUACCGAACACGUCGUGUUCAUCAUCAGCACGGUUGAUACUGGAGGUCAACGUAGAAGUAUUUCCAGCAAGUCCAGUGAGACUUCACAUACCCUUCAUGAGACUUUUUAUGACAUGGACACUGAAGAUUUUUGUCUAGCUUUCCCGUAUCAUAUCUGCUUUGAUCGUGAUCUAUUCUUGGAGCAUUUUGGAAAUUAUAUUCGCAAAGCUUUCCCUAUGUGCCAAAGGCAAGAAACAAGGGUAACCGAUAUUUUGGAGUUGGUGCAUCCGGAGGUCCCACUGUCUUUCGACUCAAUCAUGGCCUUCAAAAAUUCGCUAUUUAUUUUCAAAUUCAAACAGCCUGGAGAUAUGGUGCAUACAAAGAAUGACAUUAAGCCGAUUACGCUAAAAGGCGCUAUGGUGGUUCUUGAUGAUGGAAAAUAUAUUCUCUAUGUGGCUUCGGUGAAUGUGACGAGCGUUCGAGAACUUAUCGAACGGAAUCUGCACCUGAGCGAUAUGCAGCGUCAUGACGGCAUUCGCGAUCUUGUCAUGUUGAACCAAAGUCGUAUGAGUCAAGUCGAACUCAACCGUAAGCUCGAGGAAACAACGAAAAGUCUGAAGAAAAUGGCUUCGGAGCUGGAGUACGAGAAGACGAAAACCGAUGAAUUGUUGUGCGAGUUGAUGCCGGCGACGGUAGCAGACAAGUUGAGACAGGGCAAAGUGGUGGAAGCAGCCGAAUUUGGGGAUUGUACAUUGCUGUUCACCGACAUUGUCACGUUUACGAAUAUCUGUGCGUUGUGUACUCCAUACGACGUCGUCACGCUUCUCAACGACCUUUAUUUAAGGUUCGAUCGCCUUGUCGGAUUGCACGAGGUCUACAAAGUGGAGACGAUCGGUGAUGCCUACGUAGUGGUUGGGGGUGUCCCAGAACCAUGUGAGAAUCAUGCAGAAAGGGUGUUGAACGCGUCGAUCGGGAUGCUAAUGGAAUCGAAGCUCUGCUUAUCGCCGAUCACCAAAAAGCCGAUCAAAAUUCGCAUCGGAGUUCAUUGUGGGCCAGUGGUGGCUGGAGUUGUUGGAAUGAAAAUGCCGAGAUAUUGCUUGUUUGGAGACAGUGUAACCGUAGCAAAUAAGAUGGAAGCAUGCGGGGUACCUGCUAAGAUCCAUGUUAGUGAAACUGGAAAGCGCAAUGGGCUGGCUUCAAACCCGACCUUUGUCUUUUCGGAUCGCGGAAACACAGAAAUCAAAGGAAAAGGGAUUAUGUAUACCUAUUUCCUGGAACGGAACGAUCGCCGAAGUGUUUGGGAACUGUGUUCAAGGCCGAGAACUGGUGAUCAGACGAUUGAUGGUUACAUGGAACUUCACGAUCAAGGGGUCUAUGAUGAUGAGAAUGUCAACCCAAUCAUACAAGAAAAUGGCAUUGAAAAGCAUUCAAAGAAGGACAAGUCACACCAUGACAAUGGGCCCGGCGAGCAUGUCAUCAACCAUCAUCUCAGAUCUCCGACUUGCACCAUCCUC